AUUUAACCGGUCUUAGUCUCGCAGUCUACCCCGUCUUUAUAUUUUUGAGCUUCCUUUGACACGGGAUGGCUAAGGGAUGUAGAAGGAGGCUUCGGAGAGCCAAAAAGUGGCGAAACAUUGACAUAUCUGACAUUACGGAUGGCUCCAUGAGAAGGACAGAGGAGUUGCUCGCCGGCGGCAGUCUCCGCACAAAACCUUCAGAGUCUCUAUUUGAAAUCAGUAGAAAAAAGCCAAAGGGUCCGCUACCGCUCAACCCCGACGUGAAAAAACAGCGCGUCCGUUCAAAAGUUUUGCACAUUGAUUCCUCUGUGCUUCCUAAUCCUCAUACCAAGCCGACCGGGUCUUCGACGCGUACCGCGCCCCGGAGGGCAAUCAGUCAACGGAAAAGGCUGGUCGAUGGCUCUGAGCCUUCGCGGAUAGCUAAAUCUCGGCUUGGUUCGCAACUCGCCCAGACUGGCACCAAUCCAGAUGUCUUCGACAUUUGGCAGGACGAUCAAAAGGAGAAGUCUUCUGAGAACAAGAGGAGCAGUUCAACAGGUCCAACUUGUUCUCCGUCUGUCCCUUCCGGGCACAAGCUCAAAGCUCAGUACCAUCCGAGCGCUCGUUCUGCUGUCGAGCCAGCAGACCUGAAGUCCACUUCGUACAUUCCGACCGCAGAGCAACAGAUGAAAAAUGAAGAAAUUCUCGCCAAAUAUCAGGAGCGUUUGAAUCGGCGUAAAGUCAACAUUGAAAGCAAUACUUGCGAAGACGCCGACGAAAAGUGUCUCCUGUCGGAGUCUGAAGACGCCGAGGACGCGGCGCCGGACGCCGACGUGUAUGAAAACAAAAUUCUCGCCGCGGUUCUAUCAGACGGUAAAGCGCCUAAAGUGCCCAAACGUCACGUCUACCGAAAAAGCAAGAAAGUGCGAGAUCGAGAGAGAAAGUUGAAAUUGCGUGAGUUGCUCAUUCGUCGAAUGGAGCGACGUAAAAAGUUUGCUGAAGAGUUCGAAAAGCUCGAGCGUUACCAGAAGAUGGCGGAUGAAAGGCUGGAGCGUCUGCAGGAAAGGCUCAGGAGGCGUAAAAAAAUCUUAUUGGCCAAUAUGUAUAAAGUUCGGAAAUUUGGAAAAGACGCGUAUGCGCCGCCAAAGCCGAGAAUUGUAUGUGCGGAUAGGCCAUCUGCUUCUUUGAGGUGCAUCAGAGCGGACGCGUUUCAAAUUCGAGAUAGAUUCGACAGCUUCAGAAGAAGGAAUUUAAUUGGAUAAUGGAACUCUUGUCGAGCGGAAUACGCGCAUUUCUCUCUGGGA